AUGGAAGAGGUUGUUGAUUAUCUGAAUACUACAAAAGAAUCCCUUAUGAUGAAGAUGGCGUGGGAGAUGAUGAACCCUGAGUACAAAAUGGGAAUGCAGAGGAAACCUACAUCAGUGAAAAAGAAAGAUCCUAUUAGUAAGACUGAUUCUCCUCCUAGUAAGAAAAAUUUUGCAACCACAACCUUAAGCAAUGCAGAAAGCGAAAAGAAAAAGCAAAGCAGCAAAAAAGAAUGCCUUUUGGAACUUGAGGGUUCUGAAGAAGAUGCACCAGAAGAAGAUAAACUAGCCUGGAACAAGGAUUACAGUACUGAAGAAGCUAAUGGAGGAGAGGACGAGUUCUAUGGCGGAGCUGAUCUUGAAUAUUAA